AUGGCCGACGGUGGACUUAUAGCAAUAAAAAUUGUAUUUAUAGUACUCAUCUUUGUGAUGGCCUUUGUUUCUGGAAUAUUGCCAACAAUAAUCCCUUGGUGUAAGAAGAGUGCAGAUGUAUUAGGAAUAGCCAACGCUUUCAGUGGAGGAGUAUUUCUUGCAAUUGCUUUCCUCCACAUUUUGCCAGAGACUACACAUGAGUUUGACGAAUUCAUGGAAGACCAUGACCAUUCUGAAUACCAUGUUGACUGGCUUAGACACGGAGACGAGGAGGAGAACUUCCCUCUUCCAUUUGCUCUAGCAUUCGUCGGUUAUGCCUUUAUCCUUCUCAUUGACAAAGUUAUUUUCGAUACUCAUUCUCUUAUGGGAGAUCAUGGUCAUGCUCACGGUCAUAGCCACGGAGGAAGCCCCGAGCAGCAUCUUCUCCCAGAAGGAAGGAAGCACAGAAAGGAAGAUUACCAAAAAUUGCUUAGUGACGCAAGCGGAUGUAACGACUGAAUCAACAGCUCUGAAAUAGUUGAGGAUGAGGACACUAACAGAAUUCAGACUAAAUUUGUUGCAUGAAUGGAUCACGCUCUCAACAAGAGUGACAGACUUCAGAAAUCGAAGAGUGGCACCUUCUCGCACAAUGAUGAUGGUCUUGAAGGCGAGCAGGAAGAUAUGUUUACUGAUAAAACUAAGAUACGCUUAGAAAAUGAAAUAGAAGAGAGAGGCAAAAAGGGGCGUUGCUCAUGAAAUUUAACUCCAAUUGUCUUAAUGAUAGCACUUAGUGCACACUCAGUUUUUGAAGGCAUCGCAACUGGAAUGAUAAAAGAUACCAGCAAAUUAUGGACGUUUGUUAUAGCCAUUACUGCACAUAAGUGGGCUGCUGCAAUGUCACUGGGAAUUAGCAUGGCUAAGAACUUCAAGAACCAGACUGGGACAAUGUAUAUAAUCCUUACAAUCUUUUGAUUUGCGACCCCACUUGGAAUCUUAAUUGGGAUGAUUGUCUCAACUCAGUCCGUGAUUGUCAAUAUAAUCUUUUCUUCCUUGGCUGCAGGCACUUUUGUGUACAUCGCUUGAUCAGAAGUAAUCGUAGAGGAAUUUGCAAUAAACAAGUAUAAAUGGAUCAAAAUGGUGACCUUCUUACUCGGAGCAACACUAAUUGUCCUUCUUGGGCUUUUAGAAUAGAAUAGAAUUG